UUUCCUUUUAACUAAAAGAUUUUUAUGGUUGAAUCACCCAAGCACCAUGAGCUCCGGCGACGGUGCCCGACGAUCACCAUUUCUUGAUUUCCAGUUUUGUGCUGGUUCACAAUUCAGUUUCUCCUUCGCCGCUGACAAUGGUUCACCCCGACGUUCCGGUAAUCUUUCUCUUGCCUGCAAGAAUCAGUUGAGCUCUCGAGCGGUGGCUAAUGUAAGCAUCUCUCCCAAAAAGCCUUCUGUUGGACGGAAGAAACCACUACAGACCCCUGGCUCAUCGCCACCUCUUUCAAGAAUUAUAUUGUUCAUCUUUCCUGUUGACCUUAGGAAACAUCAUAGACACGUGAUUUCUCACAUAAUUAAUGCUAUUUUUAACCGUAAGAAACAAAAAGUAUCUGAUAGUUUUUUGGAUGAAAGCAUUGAAGGACUCAAUGACGUCACUGCUGUUACUGGGAUUGAUCUUAGGGAAGAGGAGGAACAAUUAUUUUCUGGCUCUACAGGGAACAGUCAAGUUUCAGAAGCAUCUAACAGGGUUGUCCAAGAGGAAGAAAGGCUUGUUCUGCAGAGAACUCCCUUGCAGAAGAAAUUAGCGGCAAUUACAGCCAAAUGUGGUUUGAAGGGUAUAAGCAAUGACGUGGAGCAAUGCCUUUCCUUGUGUGUGGAGGAAAGACUGCGUGGAUUAGUUUGCAAUUUAAUCAGACUGUCAAAACAGCGAGUUGAUGCUGAGAAGGCUAGGCACCAGACUCUUAUCACCUCAGAUGUUCAGCAACAAAUUGCAACAAUUCACAAGAACGCUAGGGAAGAGAAGGAAAGAAAGCAGGCUGAAGUGGAGAAGCUCCCAAAAUUUGAUGAGGUAACCAUGAAAGAUGAAAACGAGAUGAAGAUUUCUGCCGCAAAUGCUGCUGUACGAGCUGCUGUUGGUGGAGAUGAUAUGCUGUCAAAAUGGCGACUUAUGGCUGAGCAAGCCAGUCAGAAACAUGAAGGAGUGAUGGUUAUGACAUCUGGUUCUCAAGCUGACAAGGAUAUGAACUACAAGCCUCUAUUAACACCUGAAAGAGACAAUCAAGAGGCACAGGAGAGCCCUCUAAGUAACCUUGGAACCGCCAGAACAUCAGGAAGGAACCAAGUUGCCUCGCCUCAAACUGGGUGUGCUCGUACCAUUUCUAUUAAGGAUGUGAUCGCAGUUCUGGAGAGGGAUCCUAAUAUGUCCAAGUCUAUGCUGCUGUAUCGGUUGUAUAAUAGGAUCCAGUCUGAAGGCACCGCAGAAUGAUUGGGGCAGCUCUUUAAUCAAAUGGUGGGUCAUGGUUUUCCAUCAUGUAUCAGAUUGCAGUCAAAAAAGGCGGUUUCAGUUGUCUCGGUGUAAAUCUCAGAAUAAAAACUCAACCAUAAA